UCCAUAUUUUGUUGAGUUUUGUAUUUCUCUCAAAAGCACCUGCCUUGUCCUUCCUUUAACCUCUUCAUUUCCUCUUGGUACAAGCCAAAACCACAAUGAUUUAAUUAUUUCUCCUAACUCAACUGAAGAUCUCUCUCUCUCUUUCUCUCUGUCUCUUCAUUCAUAUAGCCCAGUUGCAGUUUUUCUUAUUUUGUUCAGAAAUUGUUUAAAGUUUGGUUUUUAUACAAUGAGAGACUUUGUUUCUUGUUUUAAUGAAAGGGCUGUAAAUAUCUCCCACUCUUCUUGUUCUAGCUACUCCAGCAACGCUUGUAUUUCCCCCAGUCUUGUUCCUUCUGUUCAAAAUGCAGUCACUAGUCUGUACAGAAUCAUUCUCUCAACUACAAACCAACUCUUCAUCACUGUAACUUGGUGCAAAAGCCCUAUUACAGGUCAAGGUUUGAGCAUAAAAUUUGGUGAUGAGACUUCAGCAUCUUUCAAACUGAACACCAAUUCACGCUUCUUCCGGAAGAAGAAAGGUAACAAAGUGAUUGAAUCCGCCACUUCAAAGAUCGAAGUAUUCUGGGAUCUUUCAGCUGCUAAAUAUGAAAGUGGACCGGAACCUGUUGAAGGGUUUUAUAUUGUGGUGAUGGUUGACUCAGAAAUAGGCCUUAUUUUAGGCAAUUUGGGUGAAGAAAUUGUCGCCAAGAAGUUGAAGCAUAGCUCUCCAGCGGCUAAAGUGUCUCUCAUUACAAGACAAGAACAUUGUUCAGGCAAUACCCUUUAUUCAACCAAGGCUAAAUUUUGUGACACUGGCAGUGCACAUGAUGUUCUAAUAAGAUGUAGUGGAGACAAUGGAGGAUUGAAGCAUCCAGUUUUAUCUGUUUGUAUAGAUAAGAAGAUGGUGAUUCGUGUAAAGAGACUGCAAUGGAAUUUUAGAGGAAAUCAAACAAUUUUUGUUGAUGGAUUGCUUGUUGAUCUGAUGUGGGAUGUCCAUGAUUGGUUCUUUAAUCCUGCAUCCGGUUAUGCCGUGUUCAUGUUCAGAACAAGAAGUGGAUUGGAUAGCCGGCUUUGGUUGGAAGAGAAAUUGCUGCAGAAAGAGCAAGAAAGAAUUGAAUUCUCCUUGUUGAUCUACGCCUGUAAGAGCCCUUAAAGAAACUGAGACUCGGUCUUGGUGUUUUCUUUCUUUCUUUUUUUAUUCCUUUAGAGUAUACCAAUAUUUUUUUUUUUUUUUUUUUUUUUGUUUUCUGUUGAAAGGUAGAUACUUGAUUCUUUUGAUGAACAGAAAAUAACUUGGAGUGGAAACAUAUUAGUUGUUUAGAUGCAUAAAUAUGAAUUUAAGAUUCAACACAUUCGGUUGGCUUUGCGUUU